CUGGGUAAUAUUAGGUACUGACCCAGAAUGCUUGAAUCUAUGAAAAAUAAUAGUGUUAUGACACAUUCCCAUUGUGUUUAAACUAUGGGCAGGUUUUAUUGAGUUAAUAUUUGACAGUUUCCUUGCAGCUGCAUAUUUUAAUAUAAACACUUUAAUGCUAAUCUAUUUAUUGAUAUAAGCACCAAGCCAUUUAAUGUAGACUUAAUAUUUAAUGCUGUGUAUAUUCAAGGUUAAAAGAAGGUGUAACGUGAGAUCAAAUUUAGAAAACAGGUUAAGGCAGUACAGAAAUGCUGUAAAAGGAAGAAGGCAGUGACUGAGAGACAAAAGCACAAGCUGCUUCACACAGAUUGCACAAUUGCUUUGUGUGUGCUAUUGAUUGGUUUGAAGAAAAGAGACCAUAAGGUUUAAUACACUUCAGACUGAUGAAGCAAUGCGGGAUAUAACUUGAAGGAUGAAUGAAAUGAGAGACUAUGGAGGAACAAACAGCAAAGAGCGAUGUGAGAAAUGGUCUGCGGAAUGAUAUUCCACGACUGCAGUCUAUGCUGGCAAAACUUAAUCUAAAACACAAACAUCCCAAAACAGACAAUGUUAAAUUAAACCCAGAUACCGCCUGUAAAAGUAUGUUUUACCAUUAUCUGGAGACUGAAGAAGGAAUACAAAAUGAAGAAGACAGGAAAGAUAGCACGGUCGGGUCUGAUGAAGAUGAGGAGCAACCAACUAGGAGUUCUGAAACAGAAGAUGGAAAUGAAGCUGUUGAAAAGGUCAAAGAGCUUCCAGAUGCUUUUCCUAAAUGGGAGAGGAAGAGUUUAUUCCCUGUCUCUUUGUCCAUAGAAACUCAGGUGGCAAAAUUAAGUCAUCAGCGAAAAGAAAGUGAGCCUUUGGAGGACAAAAAGAGCAAAGAGAUGGAAAAGCAUGUGGAUGGAGCUUCAUUAUUGCCUAACAAUCAAUCUCAAGAAACAUCUGAAGACACAUCUUACCUCUCUGUGUCCUCAGAUAAAGUGGACUCUGCACAGGUGCGGUUGAAGCAAGAACCACUAGAUGAACCUUGUUGUGGUUCUUCAAAACAGUAUGUCAGUAUGGAUACGAGCAGGGUUCUAACCCAUCAAACAGCUGUGAAUGUUACAAGCAAGACAACAAGGUCCACUUCAGAUCCAGUAACCCAGGAAUCCAGUAAAUCCUUUAAUCCAGUAAAGGAAGAGAGACCCCUCUCAGCUCCAAGUAUUUCAAACCUAUGGGAAUAUGAAAAGUAUGAAGAUUUUGCAAACGCAAUGCCAGCCGAAAGCUUCAGCAAAGCUGCUAAGAUUUUGGGACAGGUUCAUUCAGGCAUGAGCAUCGGAAAUGUGGAACAUGACAACUCGCUCACCAAAACGCAAAAGAAAGGAGUGAAAAACAAAAUGAAGAUUCUUACUAAAAAACUGAUGGAAAAGCUUAAAGAUAAAAAUUAUUGUGAGCACAAUGGCAGAGGGAGCACCCAAGACAGUAUGGAAGAAGGACAAAACCUGAAUUCCUUGGAGGUGGAAGUCGAGGCUCAAGAUAUUCCACCACCACUUCCACCGAAAAUGGGGAAAUAUGUUUUCUUAGAAAGAAGAUUUACCCUAAAAGACUUCAAACUCAAUCUUGAACCGAUCAACUUAAUGGAAGAAAUAUUCACAGGCAGCGAAUGGCUCAGUUACUUGCCCAUCAAAGAAAGUCCAAUUGAGAAAGACACUAGUGAUCAGUCACAAAUGAUCAUGACAAAUGAUGUUCUCCAACCAGAAAAGGACAUUCAGCUCGAUGUUCCUCCUCCAAUAGCAGAGCAGGACCAGUCAGAGGACAUGAAGACACGAGAGGUGGACCAGUCAGAGGACAUGAAGGUCAAUCAAGAGAACAGUGUAGCAAAAUUGAACAGUGACUUUGAUGUAAAACAAGUGGAAUUGGAUGCAAACAUAUUUGCUAUACCUAAGGCACUGCUAACAAACAAUGCAAGACAAAAAAUUACUUGUGAGUCAAACAAAUCAGAUGACGUCAAUAACAGUGUGAAUAUGUAUAUUAUUCCCAAAAAUGACUUACCGUUAAUGAAAAGAAAAGCAUCAGAUCCGCUGGACUUAUCAACAGUCAAGUCAUUUGAGUUGCUGGACAAUUCUGCCCUUAAGAGUCGAAUUCGUCUUAGCAAAAAGAGACACCACCGACCACCUAAAAAGCAAAAAAAAAAAAAAAAAAAGGUAAGAAGAAGCUGA